AUUUUGAAUUGAGGGAUGGUUUAUGAUUACAUGGGUUGUGGUCGUAUAUUCUGAUCUUGGUUGAAUUUGCAAUUCAAUGAGUUAUUAAGCUAAUACACUCUAUGAGACACAGUGUGUAGUCAUUAUAGUACUGAGGCCUGUCUUGUCUUGAAAGUGUUGCUUACUGGCUCCUGUUCCACAGAAAGUAUGUGGUAAACCUAGAAAAACCUGUUCGGUUUUCAGAAAUGUAUUACCCUCAGAUCACAUCAGAUGAUAAUAAUAUCUAGUUUGUGCCACACACAUGUUGCUGUGAUUGUUUUUCCCUUCAAACGUAUAACAAGAUUAAAAGGUGUGGAAGUGCAUACAUUGUUGAUUAUUAGUAUAUAAAGGGAAAUCCACUCGACUCAAUCUAGCACUCAAUGUCUCACAUAGGUCAUCAGGGCCAUCCUAGGAACAUUGGGUCUCUCUCCUAACACUUGACUACUUAAAAAGGGAAAAUAAGAUCUCGCGCCACAGAAUAAGACAGAACUACGCCCAAGACAGCAGUCCCUAAGAUCUUAUUGGUGGAAAGCAUUCAUGGAAACUGCAUUAUGGGGCAGCGCGAUGAAGUCAUUAAGAAGCUUACAGACGUUCUGCCAGAUUAGAUGUUGCUCUCCUAAUCCUACAGAUUACAGUCACGCAAGCCUGCUGACCGAGUGUGCUUUGUUGUGUUGUACAAUUUCUUUGCAUUGAUAAUUUCUUGUUGCUCCUAACUCUCUGGAAUAUAUAGGCUAUCAAGGAGUAACAGGAUUGAGAGGAGGUUAAGGUGAGACUGUAUAGCUCUAGUUGAUAAAACAAGGCACUGGUAAAAUCUAUUGAUGCAACCGGGAUUCAGUCUAGUUAUGGAUGUUUUUAAAUUGGAUUUAACAACAGUUUAUGUGAAUGUUUGGUUUUCAUAAAAACUACAGACUGUCUCUAAUGGAUGAAGGCACAUCUCAGCUGUAACUAGACCGAGCAACUGCUUCCACACUACAGAACCAACCAGCCAGGCAGGCCGUGUGGGGAGAGAUAGGUGGAGAAGGAUCAUCUCUUUGGGAGGCUUUCACAGAUGGUGUCCCUUGCUCCCUGUAGUGAUAUGGAGACAGAACCCUGCCCUGGAAUGCAAGAGAAGCGGGUGGUGGAGACCAAUGAGCCAGUGUUGAAGAAGGCCUACACAGUCCCUGGUGACAAUGAAAGUCAGGAGGAGAAAGAACUGUUCCAUGGGCUUCAGCAGGAAGACAAGGAACCCCAUGGGGAGGGAGACCCCAGGAUAAACAGCCAGGGUGGAGGGAAGGAGGGCACUACGUUAAACCAGCUCCCUAUGUCUGAGAUUACAGAGAUCCCCUGUGUGGAAGAGAGGAAGCUGAAGACCCCCAGUUUUGUGAAGACAGUGCGGUUCAGUGAGACAGAGUCUGUGGAGGACAGAGAGAACUCGGAGGAGGUGCUCUUCCCUGACCAUGAGAUGGUGCAGUGGACCUCCUCCAGCUUCGAGGAGCUGUUCCUGGCUGAGGACUGGGAGAACAUCACAGAUGAUCGGCUGUUGAGGAAGAAGGUGCUGGUGCCUGGCCCCCAGCAAGCUGAGCACCCAGCCUGGGGUCAGGAGGUCACAGUCAAAAUGCAGGGAGUGCUGGAGGACAGGACUGUGGUGGAGAAGGACCCUAAACUGGUGUUCGUCAUCGGAGAGGGAGAUGUAAACCAGGCCCUGGAGGAGUGUGCCAUAUCCAUGCAGCAGGACGAGAUCGCAUUACUGCUGGCAGAUUCACAGUACACCUAUGGACUUCUGGGAAGGGAGACAGAUAUUCCAGCCUGGGCCCCCUUACUCUACCAGCUGCAGCUCCUGGACAUCAGAGAGAAGCCCGACCCUCUGAUUCUCCCCAUUUCGGACCGUAUGCGCAUCGGAAACCAGAAACGAGAGCGUGGGAACUUCCACUUCCAGAGGGAGGAGUACAGCAUGGCUGCCAGAGCCUACUGGAUGGCUCUUGAUGUCCUUACUACACAUAAUAGAGAUGGUAGUAGUGAUGUGCUGUUGGAGGGGGAGGAGGAGGAGGUGCAGGACUACCGGGUGAAGUGUCUGAACAACCUGGCAGCAGCUCAGCUGAAAUUGGAGCAGUACGAUGACGCACUACACACCAGCCGGGAUGUUCUGUCCCUUGAUCCACAAAACGUCAAAGCCCUCUUCAGGACAGGAAAGCUUCUGUCAGACAAGAGCGAGUACCAGGAGGCAAUGGAGAUACUGAAGAAGGCCCUGAAACUGGAGCCGUCCACUAAGGCCAUCCAUGUUGAGUUGUCCAAGCUAGUGAAAAGGCAAUCAGGAGGCAAAGAUACCCAGAAGUGGCAAGCCAAACCUGCCCAGCUCCUCGGAGACAAUAUUGCCCCAUUUCUGACUCCUUCUAAAAAGAAGCCACCUGGAAUUUCAUGGACUUUCCUGCUUGGUGCUCUGGUGGUGGCCUUGGGCAGUUUAGUGACGUCAGUGGUUCUCACUGCAAGAAACUGACAUCCUCUACAAAGGAACUGUCCUCUACACAAGUCCAGCUCAUGAAUACUAAACUGAGUUGUCUACUGUGAAUAAAAUAAAGAUUGCACUGAACAAUAAAAACAACAUUUGCACCCCAGAUUGUGUUUGAAUGUAACAGAGUAAACUAAUGGCACUUUAAUUUUUUUGAACAAUGAACACAAAAUAGCUUUGUGUUGUAAUCGUUUAGUACAGUUAUUAGCUAAUAAAUGUCACCAAUUCCAUAGAAAAAUGCCCAAAUUCCAAAACUCAUUCUGGAAUAGUCACAUGGUCAAUGUUCCUCCACAAAAGAUUGAAGAGAGCAGUAUUCUCGUGUUACAGCUUUUAAAUGUAUUGUAUGGGGUUUCUGCAAUAACAGGUUGUGUCCAAAUGAAUAAUCUAUGUCAAUGGAAAAUCUAAUAAAAACACUUGUAGGCUUACUGUCCGUUGAUACAGAAACAACAUCAAUAAAGCUGCAU